AUGUUUACUCGGGAUGACGGGGAUCCUCUAGACUGCUGUCAAAAUGAUAGCGCAAACUCCGAGUGUUUUCCUAUCCACAUUCCCUCCGGUGACUCCUUCUUCCAGGACAGGUGCAUGCCCCUUGCCCGGUCCAAGGCUCAGAUCGACUGCAAUGGGAUCAGGCAGCAGUUUAACUCUCAGACAUCCUAUCUUGACUUGUCCGUGCUGUACGGAAGCGAUGAGGAAGAGGCGUUGUCCCUUAGGGAAAUGUCCGGAGGCCUUCUGAAGUCGAAUGGCGAAAAGUUGACACAGGAUUAUGACGGCGCUACAUGCAGUUUGGCGGGAGAUUUUGACAUCAAUAAUAAUUACUGUGGGAGAUCAGGCGACAUCCGCCUCCAUGAGCAGCCCGCCCUGGCGUCCAUGCACACGUUAUGGUUGAAUGAACACAACCGCGUGGCAAGAGAGUUGGCUCAUAUCAACCCGGCCUGGGGAGACGAGUGGUUAUAUCAGGAGACCCGGCGCAUCCUGAUCGCCGAGUGGCAGCACAUCGUGUUUUCUGAGUACCUACCCUUGCGAUGCAGCUAUAGAGACACGUAUAAUCCUGACGUCGACGCCACCGUCAUUAACGCGUUUGCCUCGGCAGCGAUGCGUUACGGCCACUCUCUGGUACACAAGAACAUCUCAAUGAUGGACGCUGCGCACGUGGAAACAAUGCCACCGGAAAAGCUGGAUGACCACUUCUUUAAAGUGGCGCUUUAUCACUCGAACGAGAACGAUGGCUAUGCCUAUCACCACAUACUGAGGUGGACAAUGGACAUCAAAUGUCCGAGAAUGGACGGAUGUAUGAAUGAUGAUUCUUACCCAGAGCCUGAAAUAGAAAGUUUCUGCCAAGCUAUUGCGACUCAUGUGGUGCGUCUGCUCGACGAAUUCCGAGAGGAGGGUCGGAAAGUAUCCCCAACGUUCCAGGAAGUCCUGUUGAUCAAUGGUGGUAAAAGCACACCAUGCGUUAUUGUCACCACAAAUGGGUGUUGCAAUCAACCCAUACUCGAUACUAACCAAGAGGAAGCAGACACUGUAAUGAUACUUCAUGCCAAAUUUUUGGAGACAAGUAUUCAAGAUAAUCUGUACAAGGACGAAAAUGAAGACUCCUUCGAUCUGGCCAGUAUCAACAUACACAGAGGUCGUGACCAUGGCAACGCACGGUAUAGUGAGUACCGGAAGUGGUGUGGACUGCCAGUUCCAAGACAUUUCGGCCCGGGGCAUGGAGGGCUGGUGGAUCACGACCGGUCAAUGGCUCGAAGACUCUCAGAGGUGUACAGGUGUACUGAUGAUAUAGAUCUGUUUACCGGCUUGGUGACUGAACGUAGGUCCCGAAAAAGCUUGCUGGGCCCACUAGCUCAAUGUCUCAUAGGCUCUCAGUUCAAGCGCUUGAAAGACGGUGAUCGGUUCUUUUAUGAGAGAGGCGAUCCAGUAAUAGGAUUUACAGCUGAGCAACUUCAGAGUAUAAAAUCAAUACAGCUGUCUUCUGUAUUUUGUGAAAAUUCCGAAACGGGGACGAUUCACAGAAAUGUGUUUAUAAGUCCUUCUUAUCACAGGGCAUCCAGAAACAUGUUCCUUGAUUGUAGUCUACUUCCAAGGAUAAACCUGUCAUUGUGGAAGGCAAACUAAACACCUAGCGAUGUACUGUGAUAUAGU